AUGGAUGAAAGAGUUCGAGCCAUUGAGGGCCCUAACACCUUCGGGCUGGAGGCUGCUGAUAUGCGCUUAGUCCCAGGGAUCAAGAUCCCAACUAAGUUCAAGGUACCUGCCUUCGAGAAAUAUCAGGGAAACACUUGCCCCAAGACCCAUGUCAGGUCUUAUUGCAGGAAAAUGGCUGCGUAUUCGGGCGAUGAAAAAUUGCUGAUACAUUUCUUUCAAGACAGUCUCAGCGGAGCAUCCCUCGAAUGGUACAUGCAGCUUGAACGCUCGCAUGUACGUUCUUGGAGAGAGUUAGCUGAAGCUUUCUUGAAGCACUACCAGUAUAACACUGACAUGGCGCCAAAUAGGACGCAACUCCAGAGCUUGACUCAGAAAUCCGAAGAAUCCUUCAAGGAAUACGCACAGCGCUGGAGGGACCUAGCUGCUAGGGUCCAACCACCUAUGCUUGAGAAUGAGCUGGUUGAUAUGUUCAUGGGAACACUUCAAGGCCCAUAUUAUGAGAGGCUGGUAGGGAGUACAUCGGCUGGGUUCUCUGAUCUGGUCGUUGCUGGCAAAAGAAUUGAAAGUGGUGUAAAGGCCGGAAAGAUCCCGAACCCCGCUAAUGCUGCCAAUGGGGCGAAGAAACCUUACAGUGGUUUUCCCAAGAAAAAAGAGGGAGAGACCAACGCCGCAUCAACAUCCAAGGGGAAGGGUAAGGCUUACCGAACCCCGUAUUAUCAGGUCGCAGAAGUGACCCCCAACCACUAUCAACCACCCACAUACGCUAUUCCUGCCGCUCCACAGUAA